CACCCGGUUGCUAAAUUUGACCUUCUUCUUCGUCGCUCUCAACUAACAGCAUCGAAAUGACGCGAGUUCUUGUAACCGGUGCGUCCGGUUUUCUUGCAAUGCACGUUGUGAAGCAGCUGGUGGACUCGAGGGAAUACAUUGUGCGAGGAACGGUUCGUAGUCUAACAAAUGAAAAGAAAGUGAAGCCUUUGAAAGAGCUGUCCUCAGAGCUUGAAUUGGUCGAGGCAGAUCUUACAAAGAAAGAAUCUUGGAUUGAGUAAGUAUGAGAUCAAUAUCAGUUUCCCUUUAAUUUUCUUUGGUCAAGCUCUCGCUUGUAUCAUCGGAGUGCAGAAAAAGAAAACAUGAAUUGGCACUCCUUCACACGUUUAGUCACGCAAGCCCUCGGGGUGUUCCAUCAGAGCUGCUGUAGCACCGAAAAUAUCCGCAUAUCGUUAAGUAAAAAUAAAGAUUAAUCCUAGAACUCUGAAUUUUUUAAUUUUUGGACUAAUUGUAGCUUUUACAAACCCCGUCCAUAGCAAGGCAUGAUAUGUAAACAAUAUCGGCUCAGUGAGGUGUGCCCAUCAUGGACGUAUCGCAUUGUUUAUUUUCUCUGGCGAUUUACAUCAAGCAAAUGCAUACUGUGAGCAACGAUUCAUUUGCAAAAAUUAUGAUUCCAUUUGUUCUUCUAAACCUUUCCGGCGCAGAGGAGGAUAAAAGAAAUUAUGGUUGAAUUCCUUUUUCAAUUUAGACGUUCGAAUUACACGGUUUUCUAUAAUCUUUUUAAUAAGAUAUGGUGGAGGGAACAAGAUAAACAUUCUUGCAAAAUAUUCAGAUCAUGCACUUGUUCGUUCGAGGUACCCUCUACGACGUAAAUCGAUUUUUCUCAGUUUAAAGCACCAGUUUUUGGACUAUAUUGUUGCAAUUGACCCUUCCUUGAGCGAUUUACGACAAAAUGUUGUGUUACACCUUCAUCGAGGUGAUGUAAUCUUUUAAUAUACGUGUUGUGCAGUGAUCGUGCUCUCCCAAGCUAGGAAGACUGGGUCAGAAAAGUAGGUCCGCAUUCACGUACACGCAUAAUUUGCGAGUUUUUUAGUUGACGGAGUGUGGAAGAUAGAAAUUUUCAAAUUGUUGAUAUUUUUGGAUAAAGAAUGUUGGUAAAUUUUAAGCUCUGCUGUCGAAUAAGAAAUGAUUGGUGAAGCAUUCGUCAAGAGUACCAAAAAUCUAAGUCUACUGCAAGUUAUCGUGCCUAGGGCCUUCAAUUUUUCAUGCAGUUGCACUACCAGCUGGGAACUCAGUGAGUCAUACAGUGCUCUUUGGUUAGCCAGGCCAUGUACUAGGUUCAUGUGUGACAUUCUUUAGGCAUUUUUCUGAGAUCAGAGCCAUAAAAAACAAGGCAUCUGAUCAGAAAAGCAGAAAGGUCUGAGUCGAGAAUCUUUUGUCUUGUCUGUUUUGUCUUGUCCUUCCGUUUCAUGCUCAUUCUAGAAGCUAACCACAUUCAUCCUAAUUUUGGGGGGAAGCUAUUUGUUUUUCUUAUUGAGGUGUAAAUUUCCACUUCCCCUUUAUCUUUAUUCCAUACACAACCAUUAACUUCCCUAAUUAUCUAAUUAAAGGCUUUCUAUUCUUCUUACUUCCACAGCGCCGUUAAGGACUGCACUUAUGUGAUUCAUGUGGCAUCUCCCUUCCCGGCUGCAACUCCAAGAGAUGAAAUGGAGGUGAUUGGGCCCGCAGUAGAUGGAACGAAGAACGUGCUUGAAGCCUGCGCCAAGACCAAGGGCGGCGUGAAAAGAGUUGUACUCACAAGUUCUUGUGCUGCAGUCUAUGGUAAGCGCUCAACUCCAAAGAGACUGGAUGCGAACAUGUAGUUUUCGUCAUAAUUUCGGGCAAAAUCAUGAAUUGCAUUACUUAUGUUUCCAUUUACCACGUUCGUUUAGAAAACUUGCAGUAACCGCUGAAAGGUUCUCUUUGCAAGUUUGUUUACAUUUUAGAUCGAGGUAUUGAUAGUUUUGAAAUUCAAAUAGUGAAAAUAUCAGCAAAUGAAACAGACUGUUUUUAUUUUUUAGCUCAGACGUUGCACUGCAUGAAAAAUACCCUACAUUUUGGUUACAAAAGUGGCUUUAGGCCCGUAAAGUUAUUGGAACCGAGUUCGAACAACAGGAAACUAACUGACCGUCUGCUUUUCCAAUCUCGCGGUUUAAGUUAUAUCAGGAAAUGAGUCCAGCUGAGGUGAAAGAUCCAACACCUUUCAUUUAAUCAGCCCCUUAGUGAGUAUUUUGCAGUGUCCAAAUAGUAUACAGGUAUUGUUAUAUUUCUUCCAACACUAGGCGGGCGCGCUGGUGAAGACCAUCUCUUUAAUGAGGAAGACUGGGCAUCUGAGGAAGAGAGCAUCCCUUAUGAAAAGAGCAAGCUGAUGGCAGAGAGGGCAGCAUGGGAACUAGUCAAGAAUUUACCAGGUCAGGCCCAAUACUAGCCUUUACCGCGUAGCUCGGUUUUAAGAGAUGAAAGAGAGAGUCAUUUUCGGGUUCUAGUUAGGAUUGGCUCCAUUGCUGAUAAACUCCUAGGCUUUGAUCGCAUGCUCCUUUUCCGGAUAACAGCUGCUUUUCGAGACUAUUGCCAAGCUCGUGUUUUUUUUUUCGAGGGGGGGAGGUAGGAAAUCACACUAUGGAUUAAAUGGACAAGUAAGCUGCAGAAACCAUGCAUAAUCGAACGAGAGAAGGAUAGAUUGAAAGAAAUAAUAAAGCAGCGUUUCUAGCGACACGCCAUGUUCGUUUUCUUUGCUCAAAUUUCCACGUGUUUUUGUCGACAGAUGAUGAGAAGUUUGAGCUCUGUUGCAUCAAUCCUGGGCUUAUCCUUGGACCAGUGUUACACGGAUCUACAUGCACUAGUAUGGAGGUACGCAAAUCAGUGGCAUUAGCUGAUUGGAAAUGAAUUGACUUGAAAUUUACUGAUUGAAAUAAUAUUUUCAGACAUUAAAUGUACUGUUAGAGGAUUAAAGUAUUCUUGGUCUUUUCAACUCCGUGAGUUCAUCGAGUUAUACCUAAAGUGGGUUGUUGAAAACUGCUCGAUAAAUAUGUUAUCCUAUUUUCAGAUUCACAGGCGUCUCCUUAACCGUGAAAUGCCAAUGUUACCCAAGCUGUCCAUGGGAAUAGUUGACGUCAGAGAUGUUGCAGCAGCACACAUUAUGGCAUUGACGUCAUCGAAAGCCCCAGGUUAGAGCGAUUGGUCACCCCCUCUUGGAACACUUACCUUUGAUACCCUCCCUCCCCUCCCUCAAUACCGUGGCUUUUUGUAUACAUUUUUUGGCUGUCUCCCCUCUACCCUAAUAACGAGUUACAGUAAUAGGGAAAAUUUGGAGGUAGGACGCUUUACGGGGAGAGAUGUCCAUUAAGACGGGCACGUAUUCCCACACCACCCCCCCGUUGAUAGAUUCUGCAAAGAUAUAUAAAAGAAAAAGUCAUCAUGCUUAAUUUUCAAUCAGUGUUAAUUAAUUAGAGUUAAACCACUUGACUGAACACAAGAGAACAAGUGGCAUUGACUGACAAACAACCAUGAAGUUCUGAAUGUUCAUACCAAAUCUAAACAUACAAGUAUUCUGGCACGUGUAAGGCUCUCUACACUACCAGAAUAGCCUGGCGUUAAGAAAAUCAUUGCCGAGGGAGGUACAUAAAGUUCUUUUGUUGCUUUCUUUACUCCAGGUAACAGAUAUGUCACGGUUUCUGUUUGCCUAUGGUGGGAUGAUAUGGCAAAGAUACUGGAUGAAGAGUUUAGACCUCUUGGUAAGUUGAACAAACGAUAAGUUGGUAAUUUGAACAAACUUUUUGUUAAUAAGUUGAACAAACGGUUAGUUGGUAAGUUGAACAAACACUGAGAAUUGCGUCAAUUACAGUCCACCUGAGGGGAUUCUUCCUUUGCUUGAUUUUUAUCCGUAAGUCAAAGGUGAUCUAUUUCAUUUAAAAUGGUGAUGGGAUUCCUUUACGGGAAAGAUCAAAGCUCUAAACUGUGCCUCAGUCCUUACGUGGCUUUGUCGGUGACUUAGUUCGUCGUAGCUCGAGCAUCUGGGAGGACGGCUUCUUUUUACUGAAAUUGCUUAAAUUACAGUCUGCCCACGAGGAUCAUUUGUUUGUUUGAUUUUCAUCCGCAGAUCAAAUGAAAUUCAUCUCAUUAAAAACUAUGACUGAAAAUGGUAUCGUCAUAUCGGAAUUGAAAAUAUUCUCUGUUUGAAUCCUCUAGAAAACAAAAUAGGUCCUAUUUUCAGCUUCAUUGUUUCCCUUACACUUCUUUCGUGCUCUAGCCACUCCCUGUGUGCUUUACAACAGAGCAGUGCACAGUCAAGGCUUCGUUAAUCGUUAAUUAUCACGGUCAACCUCACAAAACCGUGGACGUCUACAUUGAUAGAAUUGUCUGUUGUAUUGUAAAAAUUACACGGGUGACAAGGAUAUGGUGGUAAACCAAAAACCACAACCCAAUUAGCGACACUGCGCAUGCGUACUGUUAAGAUAUCCCACGGUAAGGAACUGGACUCUAACCAGCACAUAGCUAUCCUGCAAACGCUGUUCCUUAAGCUUGUUCAUUGUCAAGAAGAAGGUUACAAGGCCGGGAAGGACUGGAAGGUAGGGAAAUGACAUAAGACUAUUUGAAUCAAUAUCAGUAUCUGGGCAACUACCCACCUGGAAGUUAGGAAAUGACCCUAACUUGUUAUCAUUUUGUUGAGGUUAAACACGGGUAUUUUCUUGUCCGACAGGUUUCAAAACACGCAUUUUCUUGUCACAGGUUACAAUGUACCCACUCGAGUGGCUCCAACAUUCUUGCUGAAGAUUACUUCGUGGUUUGAUCCCACAGUGAAGAUGAUCAUACCUGUUCUGAACAAAGAAGUGAGGUUGGACAACAAAAAGGUAACUGUUAGCAACUGUAACUUAGAGGGAGUGUUAGAAAGAUAUCUCACGACUGUGUUUAUGGUUGAUCCAUUGAGUUAACUCAAAGAGAAAAUCGCCUUAAGGGAAGGAUUUAAAAUCAAAAAAAUUGUCACGGACGUCGACAAAGUAACAUCCGAGUCUCCACAAGGACUUGAAGUUUGAGAAUUUCCCAUGUCGCAAUCUCGUGUUACAAGUGACAAAAUAAAUUGAGAAUCUUGACUGAUAGACUUCCUUAACAAGAUAAUUAAAUCAUUUAUCUUUACAUUAAAUUACAUCUUGUUCCUCGCCCAGCCUCUCAAAAUUGUUGCACACGAGUGAAGUGAAUGUUGACGAUGAAAAAGAUACAACAUUGUGUAAAGGGGCUGAGGGUCGCUGAUUAUACAGUCGAACAUCCCUUAGCGACCACCUCUCGUAAGAAACCAUGCAGACUUAAUACUUUGGGUGGGCGCUGGUGAAAGGUUCGACUCGUAGUUUCAUAGGUAGCGUGGUCGAUUGAUGAGAUCGUGCGAUUCGCAAUCUUGUUCCCUUAUCGCGUGAAAUUCGUGAUAAGGUUAACUCUGUACUAAGGCCAAGUGGUCCAUCCAGCUUGAGCUUAUCCUGGUUUUCUUAAGCAUGAAGCGCCUAGGAGUAUUACGACUUCUCUUAAGAUAGGGGAAGGCUACCCCCCGCAUUUCAUCAGGCUUCCCCAACAAUUUGCAAGUAACCAUUUAUACUCCUGGGUGGAGAGAAACACUGUGAAAGUAAGUUGUUUUGCUCUAGAGCACCACACAAUGACCCGGCUCAUCUUUUUCAAACACUAUCCCCACGACCAGCGAACUAAUCAUGGGGAUACCGUGUGUCCCACCCCGCGCCCACUCUUACUUAUUCAUUUCCUUAUUCUUUUUGCUUUCUAAAGAUAAAAGAAGAUUUUGGAUUUCAGUUUCGGGACGAGAAGACAACCAUACUUGAUAUGGGGUACAGUCUUAUCGACAGCGGUUUUAUCAAAGCAACGCCAAAAUAUCAGGAAAUGAAAACACAGCAGAGCACUGCUUCCAACUAGCUGUAGACGGUCACGCUUAAUGAUUUCGUUACUGCCUCCGUUGUUCACAGUUAAUGAUUACGCUGGGUGUCAUGUUAGGCUAAUUAACGUCGUAGUAUAGACAUUUAGAUUAGAUAAAGACUGUCUAACCAAGGCUUUCAAGCCUUUUAUGAUCAUGUGAAACUGUUUUAUGUUACGUUGUAAACACUUUUAAUUAGACUAGUUAUGGAGGAUACAGACGAGCUAUGAGGCAAUAAGCUCAUAUUUUUAGAUAGAAAAUGAGAAUCGCCUCAUUCAGCCAGUCUUACAACCAAGAUAAUAUUUACUUUUACACUAUUUGCACCUUUGACUGCAAUAUUAAGACUUAUUUUACCCUAAGUAUAGGCAAAACCCGAAUACAAGAAUGGUGUUGUUAUCGUUUAGACGUCUGCAAGUAUAUUUUGUAAUCGGUAGUUGCCAGACG